GUAUCUACAACAACAAAGAUGGCGCCUGUCUCAUACAUUUGCAGUGCUUGCACCGAUACAAUUAAAGUAAAUAUGUCCAGUAUUCUGUGUACUAUGUGUAAUAGUUGGCUACACCAAAAAUGUUCGGGCAUCAACUCUAAGGACUUUAAAAAAAUUGCAACUGAAAUAAAGAAAAAUAAAUACAAAUGGAGCUGUGAUAAUUGCAAGAGUGAUGCCAGCGUAAUUGUCUCCGAUGAUCUGGAGGACGAUUGCCCUAAUGACGAUCUCAUUGCCUCAAAACUAGAUAGCGUUUUCCAUAAGUAUUUUACACCUUUUAAAAAUAAUAUUGAAAAAACUCUGGGCAACAUUAAAUCUGAGCUCGAGAGUAUUUCCAAGCAAAAUUUGAGCAUAACCAAGCAGUGUGCCUCACUGGAUAAAAGAAUUAGUGCUGUUGAGAGCAAGUUAAAAGAAUUCGAAGGUGGUACUUCCGACGUCGAUAACAUUAUUGCGGAAUCUUUUGACAGGAAAAAGCGCGAAAAGAAUGUUAUCGCCUUCAAUGUUCCUGAGUCGAGAAAGCAAGUGGGGACUGAGCGACUGAAAGAUGAUCGCUCACUCAUUGCCACACUGCUACCAUCUGAGCUUGCCGAUACUGUAUCAAACAUGAAACUGCGCAGAAUUGGUCGCCCAGAAGAUGGUAAAACUCGCCCUUUGCUGAUUGAUACACCGCCGGUCGUUGAUGCUAGGAGAAUUCUCAGAACUAAACCCACAAGCAACAUAAACAACGUACAUUUUAAGCCAGAUCUGACUCGCUCGCAGCAAACCCAUCUAAAUAAUUUUAGAAACGAGCUAGAGGCUCUUAAAAGUAAUGGUGAAGCCAACAAGACGAUCAAGUACAUCAAUGGUAUUCCAAGGAUUGUGAACGUGUAUGGAUUUCGGGGACACCAUAAAAAGGACAAAAAUCAAAGAUCUGCUGGUUUACUACCAGAACGUAAGAGGACUGAGAACUGAACUGAAAGACUUUCUAUCUAUUUCAGCAUGUUGGCAUUGUGACGUGCUAUGUAUAUCAGAGUCUUGGUUGCAUCCAUCUAUUUUGGAUGGUGAAGUUGUUGAUAGCUCGUAUGCAAUAUACAGGAAGGAUAGAGAUCCAGUGACCAGCACAUAUGAACGAGGCGGUGGUGUCUUCAUUGCCGUCAAGCGCUGCAUAUUCGUUGACAUAUACCGCAGUCAUUUAGCAACCAUAUCCUACAUCAGAGAUAAGUAUGCAAACAGUAAACUAAUGAUAAUCGGCGAUUAUAAUCUUAAAAGUAGUUUGCCACAAUUAGAGUGUGAAACAUUAUUGUAUGAGCAAUUUCUCCUAGCUGGAUGCAGCCAGCUCAACAACAUUUGCAAUGACCGUGGACGUAUAUUGGAUUUGUGCUUCACUGAUUUAGAUCUCUCGAUUGAUAAGACGCAUGCUAUUAUUCAGGAGGACAUAUAUCACCCCGCGUUAGUUGUUCUACAUAAAUUCCAAGUUAGUUUGAAGCGGAAUGAUACGCCUGCCUAUGCGUUUAGAAAGCCCGACUAUGCAGCAUUGAAUAGUUUCUUCCUGAGAAUUACCUAGUUAGAUUUAUAUAAACUUGACAAUAUUAAUGACAAAGUAAAUUGGUUCUACGAGAUAGUAGGCUUGGGCAUAACUCAAUUUGUGCCAUUAUGCUAUAAGAAAAACGCUGAAUAUCCGUGCUGGUUUUCCAAAAAAUUAAUAUAUAAAACUAAACAAAAGAAAAUUGCCCAUCAAAAAUACAAAAAAAGGAAAACCCAAGAAAAUUACGCCGCAUUUAGUAGAUUAAGAUCCGAAUGCAAAAAACUGAGCACCUCAUGCUAUGAGAGUUACCUGAGCAAAGUAGAAUAUGACCUGAAAUCUGAUCCCAAGAAAUUCUGGAGUUUUGUGAAGAACAAACGGCGAACCGACGUUGACAUCCCCUCAACCGUGACUUGGAACGACACCACCGCGAGUAAAGGCACUGACCUUUGGGAGAUAAGUACAUGCGGCACAAAUAGCCCUGCCAGAUAGAGCACGUUACGUGCGUUCCGCUCAAGGAUGAAACUGACAGUUGAGUAGACUGUGUGUGUUUGCAUAGAGAGCGCCAGAUUGGCAACCCUUGCGUUGACGGAACCCACGAACGUUGGCCAACACAUCUUUUGACGCAAGUAAGUCCGGCAAUGUUCACAUUUGACAUUUCAGUAUCAUUCGCAACAUAAUUUGGAAAUAUUUAAUGGAGUAUAAAUUAAUAGAAGCGGCGCAAAUUCACCCUUGCUUAUAUGAUAAAAGCAUAGGGGCUUAUAGAAACCGGUUGGCGAAAGAAAAAGCCUGGAAUUAUGUGGCGGGCGCUACAGGUUGCAGUGGAAAGUGUGGAACAGCGUCAGAGUCGGUGGACCGAUUUGUGAAGGAAGAAAGUGGAAGAAAGGCGCCUUCUGCGAGUGCUGCAAACGACAUGGUCAGUAAUGGAUGGAAAUAUUACGAGGCACUGGCAUUCCUGCAACGGCACGUGUCACCACGCAAGACAUUUGGCAACGCAACGUUUGGUACCACCAUAGAUCGUGAAAAAUGCGCACCGCAGCCAGAGCAUUCCAUUAAUGUAUAUGAGUUGCAACCUCUUUUCGAAUAUUGCGAGGAUGAAGAGCCCGUAUUUGAGCAGACGCAGCAGACAGGGCUAACUACAGUGGUUCACCAAUCACCGUCAACGUCUCUUGUUGACUUCCAACCCUAAAAAGAGCCAAUUGUGUCCACUUCUAGAGCAUUGAAUCGGAAAAAAGAUGAGGAGCGAUUGGACACCCUAUGUGGAGCCGUAAGCGACUGGAUAAAAAAAAUCAGAUGCUGCUCCACAACCAGUUAGCCGUAACUCCGAUUUUUUAAAUGUUCUGGACAAAUAUCUUCUGAAAUAUGAAGAAGAUGUUCAAGACAGAAUGAAAAUUGGAAUACUGAAUUUUGUUUUUAAUGGCGGGCAAUUUGUUGUCAUGUAAAAACCGUAUUUUACUUUUAUUUCAAUUAAUUUAUUUAAUCAUUUUAAUUGAAUUUGUUUUUAAUGGAAUACAAUUUGUUGUCUUUAUUUCAUUUUUUAUUUUAAUUCUUUUUUUACAUAAACUGAAUAGAAAGUACAAAAUGAAUGUUAUGAAAUGAACUGAUGUAAAAAUUCAAAAUAAUUUAUUGUUAUACGUUUUGUAUAUACAGUGG